UCCAAGAGAGAAGCUAUUUGAAAAAAUCAGGAAGAUUGGAAUAUCAGGCAACUUCUAUGCUGUACUAGCGUCCUUGUAUUCCAACGAUAAAUCAUCAGUGAAAAUAAACGAAACCGUUACUAGGAGCUUUAGAUGCUAUACAGGUGUUAAACAAGGAUGUAUGCUGUCUCCCACACUGUUCAAUAUUUUUCUACACGAUUUACCAGAAGUUCUCGAUGAUGAUGCGUCUUAUCUAACAGUGGCAAAUAAUUAUAGAAUAAAAGGACUUUUGUACGCUGAUGAUUUAGUGUUAAUAUCGCAAACGAAAACGGGUCUCCAACAUCAAUUAAACAGACUGCAAUACUUUUGCGAAGUAUCAAAAAUAUACACUAAUCUGGAAAAAACUAAAGUCAUGGUCUUUAAUAACACUGGCAAAAGAAUGAGUAAUUUUGAAUUUUAUCUUAAAAAUGCUAAACUUGAAAAUGUGAAAAGCUAUAAAUAUCUAGGACUAUACUUUAGCGCUUUUGGAACCUUUAGCAAUGCAAGAGAAGAACUAAAGAAGAUAGCGUUAAAAGCUUUGUUUAAGCUUAGAAGAGAUCUCGGAGAUCACUUUAGGACAGACAUAUAUCUAACCAUUAAAUUAUUUAACUCUCUAAUCAAACCUAUCCUACUAUAUGGAAGUGAGGUGUGGGGUGCUGAUAUCAAAGAUAACAUCAAAAACGACCCCGCAGAAGCUGUGCAUAUAAAGUUUUGCAAAAUGUUACUAGGAGUCAAUAAACGGGCAUCAAACAACGCGUGCAGAUCAGAACUGGGACUAUUUCCCUUAAGAGUAAGUGCCAGAUUAAGAGUGAUAAAGUUUUGGAUUAAUUUCGUUACUUCUGAUAAAAUAAAGUUAUCAUACCUAACGUUACAAGACUGUGCUGUUGACAACACUCCAGAUUCAUGUAGCUGGAGCGGGAAAGUCAAACAAAUUUUAAACAAAUUAGGCUACAGCUUUGUUCUAAUCAUUGUGCCUGCCAUCAUCACUGAUCAGCCCGAUGUGUGGAGCAUAAGCACACUGACAGUCAUCUCAAGCAAACUGCCUCUAUGGCUCAAAUCGGACAACAGAGGAAGUGAAUGGCAUUAUGGAGAGAUCUACUACAACAGCACCACUCCUUUUAAGUUCAUCAUCGAGAUGCUUGGUAUGAACACCAAUGGCACAAUAGACAACAUUACAUUUUCACCUUCAUUCUGCAGACUACAAGAACGGAUUACUUAUUACCUAACGAUGAGAGUCGUUGGUCAAAUACAGAAGUACUUUAUAGAGCGACAUCCUCUGGCUGUGAACGGUUAUUCAAAGAUACUAGAAAUCCAACUACAGACCACGCCAAACGACUUUUCGGUUGGUCUUCAUUGUGUCUAUCACACUGAAUCUAGCAGUUAUGAGAUCGUAUCCCGAACAGAUACCAUUUCGAAAAACGAUAUGCCAUUGGACUGCUUUUUUCAAAAUGAAAGCUCGAACGUCCACAAGGUUUAUGUACAUCAGUYUGGAUCGAGAAAUGUUGACUAUAUAUUAACGAACAAUUCCAUCAAAGGAUGUUGUCAUGAACUGAGGAGAUCCAUCGCUGUAAAAAGUGUCAAGCAACCAAACUUUARUGAGUCCUCCUCAUGUGGUAGCGCUUGGUAUCAAAUUGGGAAUUCAUGCUUCAUCUUCAUCACAAGUAAUCUAAAAUGGAUAAAACUAUCAGCGUUGGAGUAUAACAGGAAAUGUGCAGAAUUAAACAGUCUUCCAGUUAAUUCUGUUACCGUAGAGGAGGAGCAGGUUCUGUCAUCCCUUUCAAAAGCGCUACAAAUACCCGAUAUGGAAAUAUUUAUAGGUGUUGGAGGUAACAUGAAGUGGCAAUGGAUCGAUGGUACUUUGCCUAGUCCAUCCUCUGAAAGAAAAUUAAAAGAAAAUAACCGGAAUCUCUGUGGAGCUUUUUCACGAAAAAGUGUAGAUUUGAUUGCUGUUGACUGCUCUGCUAACCUCUCAUUUAUCUGUGAACAAUUGUUAGAUUUUCCAAACCCAGUGGCUUUGUAUCCUUUGAAUGCUUCAAGUGGAGCAAACGAGAUUAGUCUUGAUCCACUUCUUAAAGGAGAAGCUUAUAACAUGGUCCAACCAGAUUGGCUGAAUGAAUCUUAUUACUUCCCUGGAUUAGAAGACAGCUAUAUUGCUAUUAAUCAUAACGGCAACCUUGAUCUUAUGAAAUCUAUCACUAUUACGGCGUGGAUCUUUCCCCAGGGUAAUUCAGGCUUUAUUGUCACCUACGGGAAUGGUACUGGCAUAAAAAUGCUUGACCAAAAAACCCUUGUUGGACAACUAGUAUUUGAAGAGGAGAAAGAAUACAAACAACAACAGUUGAAGCUUUCGGGCUUGAAAAAUGCAACCUGGAACUUUAUUGGAAUUUCUUAUGAUUUUCUGACGGGGCACGCUAAGCUAUUUAUUGGAGAUAAUAUUAUGUCAAGGAGAGUUGGUAACCGAAAGCUAUUGGCUACUAACAGUUCUGUUGAAAUUGCGUCCUCUUUCAAAGGUGGAAUUUCGCGUGUUCAGUUUUAUGAUGUCUCUUUGAAUGACUCAGAAAUAAUUCGGAAUCUUUCAUCGCAGAUGGUAAACAGAGCAUUCAACACAACAGUGAUUUCUUCAAAUUCUGAAGUUGGCUUCGGGCCAAAACUUGCCGUUGAUGGAAUGCUAGAAACCUGUUUUAUUAGUAGUGAGACUAACCGUCCAUAUCUGCGAAUAAUGUUGAAAGAUGCCUUGUUCAUUCAUGAAGUUCACAUCAUAAGCAAAGAUUGCUGUAAAAUCCGGCGACAGUACCAAGUAACGGGCAAAGAUGUCAACAACAGGACUGAAGGUUGCGUUCUUCCUAAAGAAGGAGGAAGCAAUGCGAAUGUUAUUUUCAAGUGCAUUCCAUUGAAAUUGAUAAUAGAAUUAUUAGUAGCUUCUUUGAACUGGACGUCGCCUUUACUGCUAUGCGAAGUCCAGGUGUUCAGUAUUGAUGAUCUGCAUGGUGUCACACGAAAUGUAUGGCUAUCAUCACCAAAGACAGAAAAAGCUAUUCCACAUCUUUGGAUGAAAAAAACUAUCCCAGAUCUUUCUGAAACAGUAAAUAACUUCAAUGCACCUCAAAAUUUCCUUGGUGAAUAUGUCCAGCUUUUAUCGACGUAUGUGCAGGUUCCUGAGAGUGGAUUCUACACGUUCUAUUUAACUUGUGACGACAGCUGCAGCCUUACUUACAAUACUGUGCACGAUCUAAUUCUUUCGCUGCCUAAUACAAAAAUACUUGAAAAAUACGGAGAGAAUGUGAUCAUAUCAAGAGCAAAUCUAUAUUUGUCUACAUGCAUAGUCUACAACGUCUUAGCGUCAUCAAAGACCGGUGGUAAUCGAAAUUUACUAACAGUUGGUAUUCGUAAAAAGGAUAAAGGAGAUCUUUUGAUGCCAAUACCAAAAGAAAUGCUUUAUAAAGAAAUGCCAGGAAAACGAACAUUCUUCAUUACUUUCAAUAGUAAUUAUGCAUUUACCGUCACAGUUGCAACAGUUGCUGAAGUAUCUGUUUCCUAUGAAUAUUGCUGUGAUGGAGUACACUGCCCAGACUGUCCAUUGUACCUGUUUGACAAUAAAACCAAUAUAUUGAUCGCAACCAUUCAAAACAUGUCGUGUAAACCAGAAACUUUCUCAUGGGAAAUCAAAGAUAAUCUUGAAUUGGAAAAUCACACGAUGAUGAUUUCAUACGAAUGGCCUAUCAAUUCGCUAUAUUUCACCAAGGCCGUUGGAGAAAUGAUUGUGCAGCGUAAGUAUGUUAUAGUUUUGUGA